CUUCUAUUCCAUUCAACAGAGAGAUAGAGACAGAGUGGAACAAUCCUCCGUUUAGCAAUCAUGUCGAAACGGAGUGGCAAAUUAGUUCGAUGGAUGUUGUGGGUUGUGGCUGUGCUAGCUUUGUUUUUUCUGGGAUUCCUCAUAGGUUGGUUUGCAAAGCCUGCACAUCCAGAAAACACAAACACUCCCUCCAGUCAGUAUUUGCAGGAGUUACUGGAAGAAAUGCAGCCUAGUCAGAUAAGAGAGCAUCUCAGGAAAUUUACACGCCUCCCCCAUCUGGCCGGCACGGAACAGAAUCUGAAGUAUGCAGAGCAGAUUCAGAAGGAGUGGCAGGAGUUUGGGUUGGACUCUGUAGAGAUGGUGCCGUACGAUGUCCUGCUGUCCUACCCCAACGCAUCGCAGCCCAAUUAUAUUGCAAUAGUGGACGCAAACGGCGAUGAGAUUUUUACCACAUCCUUGGCUGAGCCCGUUCCCGAGGGUUAUGAAGACAUCGCCGACAUUGUCCCCCCAUACAGCGCCUUCUCUCCCAAAGGACAACCUGAGGGCGAUCUGGUGUAUGUCAACUAUGGCCGAACUGAAGACUUCUUCCAGUUGGAGAGGCAGAUGGGAAUUAAUGUGACUGGGAAGAUCGUCAUUGUCAGAUAUGGGAAAAUAUUUCGAGGCAAUAAGGUGAAGAAUGCCAUGUUAGCCGGCGCAAAAGGAAUUAUUUUGUUCUCUGAUCCAGCAGAUUACAGUGCUGAAGGAGUCAAGCCCUACCCUGAAGGUUGGAACCUUCCAGGUGGUGGAGCUCAAAGAGGAAACGUUAUGAACCUGAAUGGAGCAGGAGAUGCGCUCACACCCGGAUACCCAGCUAAAGAAUAUACCCAUAGAACAUCUCCUGAAGAUGGAGUGGGACUUCCUAGCAUUCCCGUGCAUCCUAUCGGCUACCAUGAUGCAUUUCACCUCCUUAAGAACAUGGGAGGACCAACUCCACCAAGCAACUGGAAAGGCGCUUUAAACGUUUCCUACAGGAUUGGUCCAGGUUUCACAGAUGACGUAAAGAACCAGUCAGUGCGCAUGAACAUCUAUACCAACAUCAAGGUGACCAGAAUCUACAACGUCAUUGGAAGGAUUCGAGGCACUCUUGAGCCAGACAGGUAUGUGAUUCUUGGCGGACACCGGGAUGCGUGGGUUUUUGGAGGAAUUGAUCCCAUGUCGGGAGCUGCUGUGGUCCAUGAAGUCGUUCGCAGUGCCGGCAAGUUUGUCAGUAAAGGCUGGAGGCCGAGAAGAACAAUAAUAUUUGCCAGCUGGGAUGCAGAGGAAUUUGGACUGCUGGGCUCCACAGAAUGGGCAGAGGACAAUGCCAAGCUGCUUCAGGAGAGAGCUGUGGCCUACAUCAAUGCAGACUCUGGCAUUGAGGGUAUGUAUACGUUGAGGGUUGACUGCACUCCAUCUUUACACACACUUGUGUAUGACCUCACCAAGCAGUUGGCCAGUCCAGAGUUAGACGAGGAAGGACUUUCUCUGUAUGAAAGUUGGCAUAAGAAAGACAACUGGACGAACGACCGUGACGCACCCAGGAUCAACAAACUGGGCUCGGGAAGUGAUUUUGAAGCUUAUUUUGUCCGUCUGGGAAUUGCAGCAGGCAGAGCAAGAUACACCAAGAACUGGAAAACAGAGCGAUACAGCAGUUUCCCCGUCUAUCACACCGUGUAUGAAACCUUUGAGGUUGUGGAGAAGUUUUACGACCCUACCUUCAGAAGACUUCGCACUGUGGCCCAAAUGAGAGGGGGGCUCACUUUCCUCCUGGCGGAUUCACAGAUCAUCCCUCUCGAUGCCAACCAGUACGCCCUCUCUCUCCAAAAGUAUGCAAGGAGCAUUGCAGUCUUAGGACAGGGACACAUGGAGGAGAUGCAGAAAUACAAGGUGUCAUUUGAUUCCUUGUUUUCAGCAGUGGAAAACUUCACAGUGGCUGCAAGGGACUUUCAUGAGCGCCUACAAAACAUAAACACGGCAGAUACUCUGCAGGUACGUGCAAUGAAUGAUCAGCUCAUGUAUCUUGAGAGAGCCUUUAUAGACCCCCUGGGAUUACCUGGCCGACCUUUCUACAGGCAUGUGAUAUUCGCUCCGAGCAGCCAUAAUAAAUACGCAGGGGAGUCAUUCCCUGGGAUUUAUGACGCAUUGUUCAACAUCGAGGACUCAGCAGACCAGGAGAAGGCCUGGAACGAAGUCAAGAGACAAAUCAGCAUAGCAGCAUUCACUGUCCACGCGGCUGCCAUGACGCUUACGCCGCCUGCGUGACGUAGCCAUGAACAUCUUCUUGCACCGUGGCAUUAAAUGAGCCGGAAAAGACGAGAAGAGGAACCGCUCUGCAAAUCACAAAAGGUGCACUGUGAGGUAGAAAUGAUAAAUCACUGUUUGAGACUUCUGAUCACACUCUAGUAAAAUACAUUUUUAUAAAUCAAUCUUCUGUAAAGACGUUAGAAGUGGGAUUCAUAUUGGACCGAUCACCUGUCAAUCACACCACACACUAGUGGUUCUUUUCCUGAACUGGUGGCUCGAGAGCCAUUACUAAAUAAUGUAUUGACCCAAUGUCUGUGAAUGCAUCUGAUGGUGGGUCCCACACCCGAACCAGUUGAGAACCACUCAUAUAGACAAUAAUUCAUUCACAUUCACGUACAUACUGCAGAGUAUUUAAUAAGCAGUACACUAUGUGCAUAAACAAGUGACCUCUUACCUCUUCAGUACAUUGCUCUGCUGCAUCCAGUCCAAUAUUUUGCAGGAUGUAGGGUUAAAUUAUAACAAAAUAAAAAUUCAACAAAGCAGAAAAUCAGAUAAGAGGGAUCAAAAGCUGCCCUCAAAUCUAAAUGCAUGAAUUCCCCUUAAUGUGUGAUAUCAGAUGUAUUUUAAAGUAGUCAAUUUAGACUGGACUACUGUAUACCUGAGGAAAACAUGCAGAAUAAUCACUAGUCGUUUUCAGACAUUUUAUUGUUGAAGACAAAACUGUAAGAACCAUAAAGGUGCAUUAAAAGUGAGCGUUUGCUUGGGUGAAGUACGAAGGCCAUUUUUCCCCCGUCACAUCAUCUGUGGAAUAAAUUAAUCAGAUUAGAAGAAUUUUGUGUAUCCCUUUUGUUGCAUCCCUACCAAAAACAUACUGUAUAAUCGUGCUAACCGACAGAUUGCAGCAGCAGUUUGCAGGCGUAAUUACUUCAGUUAUUACGGUUGCGUGACGGCAAAUGCUGUGAAAGUCACUCAAAAUGAGCCAAUUAAAUUGUUUCUUUGCCAAACUAUGAGAAGCAUGGCUUGCUCAACAGGAAAAGCGAACGUUUGAAAGUGAACGGACGGACCAAAUGUUUGUUCAAUCUUCCAGAAUCCAGUGUCCAGGCUACCUAAAACAUCCUACAUUUAAGAGAACCGGGAUUCAAACCGUGGAGCCGUGGAGACUUUGCAGACCUUCUGACGGUUUGUGGGGAGUUCCUGGUCUCCUGAGAGUGCACUUGGGGUGACUUGAAGCUGCCACACCUGCCCCCUCGUCCCACUGCAGCCGGCAUGUUUUCUUUGGCCAGCACAUCAGCGGGAGGCCUCUUUGAGGUUUUGCCUGGCGAUUUGCGGGUGGAGCUCCGUAGCUUACUGAGGCCUUUUUUCAGAUAGCUGUUGUUUUUCUUUGGGGUGUUGUCGAUUGUGAACAUCAUGGAUUGUCUCCGGUCAGCCUGAGAAUAAAAUGUGGAAGAUGAUAAUGUAGUUGAAUUCUCUUGAAGCAACAGAGUCUACAAUAAGUAGAGUACUUGGCUGCCACCAGCAGAAGUGCUGUUCAUUCAGCCUCAAGUAAUGACAACAUGAAUGACAACAUGAUGUCA